AUGUUGUGGGACCGGGCAGGCCGGCGGGCCCCGAAACCAGCAGGUGCAACCUGGAUGGAGAAAAGCGGCUGCAGCCCCUUCCCCAUGUGUUGGGCCAAAGAAUAUGACCGAUACCUAGCAUCAAGCAAAACCAUGGCAGCUGCAUACCUUGAUCCCAACUUGAACCACACUCCGAGUUCCGGUGUGAAGACUCAUCUAAGUUCAGGAAUGGAGCGUUCCCCCGGGACCAUGGAGCGAGUGUUAAAAGUCUUUCACUAUUUUGAAAAUAACAGCGAGCCGACGUCAUGGGCCAGCAUCAUCCGACAUGGCGACGCCACUGAUGUCCGGGGCAUCAUACAGAAGAUCGUGGACAGUCACAAGGUCAAACAUGUGGCCUGUUACGGAUUCCGCCUUAGCCACCUGCGUUCGGAGGAGGUUCACUGGCUCCAUUUGGAUAUGGGUGUUUCCAGCGUGAGAGAGAACUAUGAACUAGCCCACCCUCCAGAGGAAUGGAAAUAUGAACUGAGAAUUCGCUAUUUGCCCAAAGGAUUUCUGAACCAGUUUACUGAGGAUAAACCAACUUUGAAUUUCUUCUAUCAGCAGGUGAAAAAUGACUACAUGUUGGAUGUAGCAGACCAAGUGGACCAAGAAAUCGCUUUGAAGCUAGGUUGCCUGGAAAUUCGACGGUCCUACUGGGAGAUGAGGGGCAAUGCACUGGAGAAGAAGUCCAACUACGAAGUGCUAGAGAAAGAUGUUGGUUUAAGAAGAUUUUUUCCAAAGAGUUUACUGGACUCUGUCAAGGCCAAAACACUGCGAAAGCUGAUCCAGCAGACAUUUCGGCAGUUUGCCAACCUUAAUAGAGAAGAAAGUAUUCUGAAAUUUUUUGAGAUUCUCUCUCCGGUGUACAGAUUCGAUAAAGAAUGCUUCAAGUGUGCUCUCGGUUCAAGCUGGAUCAUAUCAGUGGAGCUGGCAAUUGGUCCAGAAGAAGGAAUCAGUUAUCUUACGGAUAAGGGCUCAAAUCCGACACACCUGGCGGACUUCAAUCAAGUGCAGACGAUUCAGUACUCCAACAGUGAAGACAAAGACAGAAAAGGAACGCUGCAACUCAAAAUAGCAGGGGCACCUGAGCCUCUGACAGUGACAGCCCCAUCCUUAACCAUUGCGGAGAACAUGGCUGACCUGAUAGAUGGAUAUUGCCGGCUGGUGAACGGAGCCUCCCAGUCCUUCAUCAUCAGACCCCAGAAAGAAGGUGAAAGGGCUUUACCAUCAAUACCAAAGCUGGCCAACAAUGAAAAGCAAGGAGCAAGGACACAUACAGUUUCUGUGUCAGGAGCCAGUCACUGUCAGCAUAAAGUAAAGAAAGCUAGACGCUUUCUCCCGUUGGUCUUCUGUUCCCACGAACCUCCACCUCCGGAUGAAAUUAGUGGGGACGAAACGGAUGACUAUGCGGAGAUUAUAGAUGAAGAAGAUACUUACACCAUGCCAUCAAAAAGCUAUGGAAUAGAUGAAGCCAGGGAUUAUGAGAUUCAGCGGGACAGAAUAGAUCUUGGACGGUGCAUUGGAGAAGGCCAGUUUGGAGAUGUGCAUCAAGGCGUUUACACGACUCCGGAGAAUCCAGCCAUGGCAGUUGCAAUUAAAACAUGUAAAAACUGUACCUCCGACAGUGUGAGAGAAAAAUUCCUCCAAGAAGCCCUAACAAUGCGCCAGUUUGACCACCCUCAUAUUGUGAAGCUCAUUGGCGUUAUAACCGAGAACCCGGUCUGGAUCAUCAUGGAGCUGUGCACCCUUGGGGAGCUAAGGUCAUUUUUACAAGUGAGGAAGUUCAGUUUGGACCUGGCUUCUUUGAUUCUGUAUGCCUACCAGCUCAGUACAGCUCUUGCAUAUCUGGAGAGCAAGAGGUUUGUUCAUCGGGACAUUGCUGCUAGGAAUGUAUUGGUGUCCUCCUCUGACUGUGUGAAAUUAGGAGACUUUGGUUUGUCUCGAUACAUGGAAGACAGUACGUACUACAAAGCCUCCAAAGGCAAAUUACCGAUAAAGUGGAUGGCGCCGGAGUCCAUCAAUUUCCGGCGCUUCACCUCAGCCAGUGACGUGUGGAUGUUUGGUGUGUGCAUGUGGGAAAUUUUGAUGCACGGCAUCAAGCCUUUCCAAGGAGUGAAGAACAAUGACGUGAUUGGCCGAAUUGAGAACGGGGAACGGCUCCCGAUGCCUCCGAACUGCCCUCCCACCCUCUACAGCCUAAUGACGAAAUGUUGGGCCUAUGAUCCCAGCAGGCGGCCUCGGUUUACGGAGCUCAAAGCCCAGCUCAGUACCAUCCUGGAGGAAGAAAAGCUGCAGCAGGAAGAGCGGAUGAGGAUGGAAUCGCGGAGACAAGUCACCGUGUCCUGGGAUUCGGGAGGCUCCGAUGAAGCUCCGCCCAAGCCCAGCAGACCUGGUUACCCCAGUCCAAGAUCCAGUGAAGGGUUUUAUCCUAGUCCCCAGCACAUGGUCCAAGCCAAUCAUUACCAGGUCUCUGGCUACCCUGGGCCUCAAGGGGUGCCAGCCUUGGCUGGCAGCAUUUACCCAGGACCUGCACCUCUGUUGGACCAAGCAGAUACCUGGAACCACCGGCCUCAGGAGAUAGCCAUGUGGCAACCGAACCUGGAGGAGUCGGCGGCCAUGGACAUGCGGGGCCUCGGGUCCAUGCUGCCCCCAACACAGCUGAUGGAGGAGAGGUUGAUCCGGCAGCAGCAAGAGAUGGAGGAAGAUCAACGCUGGCUUGAGAAGGAGGAGCGGUUCUUGAAGCCUGAUGUGAGGCUCUCACGAGGCAGCAUGGACCGAGAGGACGGAAGCCUGCCGGGCGGCCCGACAGGGAAUCAACAUAUAUAUCAGCCUGUGGGUAAACCAGAACCCGCAGCCCCGCCUAAGAAGCCUCCUCGCCCCGGAGCCCCUAGUCACCUGGGAAGCCUUGCCAGCCUCAGCAGCCCUGUGGACAGUUACAACGAAGGAGUGAAGCCAUGGAGGCUCCAGCCCCAAGAAAUCAGCCCCCCACCUACCGCAAAUUUGGACCGUUCCAACGACAGGGUGUAUGAGAACGUGACGGGCCUGGUGAAAGCAGUGAUAGAAAUGUCUAGUAAGAUCCAGCCAGCCCCUCCAGAGGAAUAUGUGCCAAUGGUGAAGGAAGUCGGCUUGGCCCUGAGAACGUUGCUGGCGACAGUGGAUGAGACCAUGCCCAUCCUCCCAGCGAGCACUCACCGAGAGAUCGAGAUGGCACAGAAGCUGCUUAACUCAGAUUUGGGGGAGCUGAUCAACAAGAUGAAACUAGCCCAGCAGUACGUCAUGACCAGCCUCCAGCAGGAAUACAAAAAACAAAUGCUCACAGCUGCUCACGCGCUGGCCGUGGAUGCCAAAAACCUGCUCGAUGUCAUUGAUCAAGCCCGCUUGAAAAUGAUUGGGCAGGCCAGGCCCCAUUAAACCUUGGAGGAGGCACUUCUCUUUCUUUUUCUUCUGAAGAUGUGGUGUGUCAGCCUUGCACCAGCAGGGAGGAUUUAUCUCUUGCCCCCCACCCCAACCCCUCAAUCCGUCUCCGCUGGGCUGGCGACACUUGAUAGGACUCUCUCCCUCGUUAGCAAAAUUAUACUGUGUUUUCUUUUCAUCAUGCAAAAAACUGGCCUGGGAAUCCACUGUGGCAUUUUUCAAGAAUCAUGGAAAGUGAUGUGAUUCCCUCCCCUCCCCCCUCAUCAUUGGAGAGAAUGGAUGGGGCCAGGCAUCAUCAAUGGGUUAAUUAAACUCUAAUGCCAGAGCUGCCCAAGCUACAGCAUGGAAGAAUUCUGGGAAACCCAAGGGCUGAGAAUUCUUUUGCCCACAGAACAGUUAUCUAGACUGGAAUUUUCUAUUAAACACUUAAGUUGCAAUAUGCUAAUCACACUUUACAGAGAAAGAAAAUAAAAGCUAUAUUUUCAAGGCCUUAGUCAUGUCAGAACCAACUAAGCUCCUUUUCAUCCUCCUGCCUUUUUCCCUUUCACGUGGAUGUGUCAAGCCUUGGGUUUGAAAGCUAGCUUAUAGAACACAACUGAAAACUCUUGUCUUUUUCACCAGAAUAAUGUGCCAGUUUUUGUAGCAGCAUUUUCUCUUGGAAGCAGAAAUGCUGCUUUGUCCCAGAGCAAACACCAACUUGGGCUGGGAAGAGAGGCUCUUACCAUACCCAUUCCCCAUUUUUAUAUAAUUUAUCAAGAAAGAUUAAAGUCAUGUUUCCUCAUUUCAAUCUGCUCUAGUUCACUAACCCACCUUUGUUUCUGCCUGCCUUCCCAGGGAGGAGUGCCAGCCUAGCAGGCAGAGCAGAGCUGAACAGUCUUGUUUUCUUUGGUUUCCCCCUUUUGCCAUGUGUUCUGUUAAACACAAAAAACACUCCCUUUAGUUUGUUGGGGGAUAUAAAUUAUUCUCAGGAAGAAUAUAAUGAACUGUACAGUUACUUUGACCUAUUAAAAAGGUGUUACCAGUUAA